AUGGACACCUCAUUGCCACCACCACUCGAACAUCAUCCACCUGCCAUUGAUCAGGAAGCAUCAGGCCCCGAGCCGAAGCGUGCCCGCGUGUCUGCAGUUGUGUGUGGGAUUGAGUACCACCAUGCAGAUGAAGCUUUCGAGCCUAUGAUCCUCCCGGAAGAUAUGGAUGGUCUUGAUGACCUUGAGCAUUCAGGCUAUGACAGUGAAGAUGAGGAAGAUAAUUCAAACUUGCCUCCUGAGGAGUUGUAUCGUCCCUUCUCCCUGUCAGAGCCCUUGCUGAGUGCUGAAGAGCUGCAAGCUCUUGACAAGCUGGCUGAAGACCAUGAGGUCAGCCGUCUCAAGGCCAUGAGCAUACUCAGUCAGGAGGGUGUUGAUGAAGCAGGGUGCAAGUUCCUGACGACAAAAUUUGUCAUCACCUGGCGUCCCAAGCCACACCCUGUGACUGGUGUUGCAGUCUGGCUGCGAAGAGCGCGCUUAGUAGCCCGCGAGUUCAAGUUCCAAGACCCUCUGCGAGAAG